UCAUUUAUCAUUGUGAUCAAAUUAUUGACACUUUUUUUCCCUGUAAAAUGCUUAUCACCUCGUCAGUCAGAAUUUUCUAGAACACCACUGCUACAGGCGUCCACUGAUGACAAGACAUAUAUGAUGCAAAAGACAGGUAAUGUUGUGAUACUGCCGACGUACAUUCAGAAGGAACAAUGUUGCCCAAUCAGUACGCCCAAUGCUCAGAGUCAAAGGCAAGGGGAAUGGCAGGUAUGGUAUAUAGACAUGGAUAAGACAUUCAUUGAAAAGACCUGAGAAAUACGACAGAAACAUUGCUUAUGGACAGAGCAGGUAGGUGUUUGUUUUGUCUGAAAGUGUCCAGAUGUUCGGCUGAAGACAAUAGCAGAGUUUACUUUAACAACCUAUUAUAGCAAUAGAGAUGACCUGACCAUUAUUAGAAAAAAAGAUAGUGGUCUGUUAUAUACACAGGAAGUAGCUGACUUCUGUGACAGCGGGAAUUUUGUCCUGAUAUGAAUUUCGUGCGUCUAACAUUUGCCCGUUUUCUUGCUCGGAUGUUUAUAUGCUAGAACCUAAGCAUGCUCUGGGGAUGAUGUGAAGUCUUGGGCUCAAACUGGGAGUCACAGAGCAAGAGCAAAGAUACAGAAAAGUGUGGGUGUAGUCUAUGGUAUUUGUCAAGUCAGCUAGAAAAUAAAAGUUGUUCUCAAAAGAUCCUGAAGAAAAAAAAAACUUUCCAAAAUUUUCAUUGUAUCAUUGUGCAUCAGUAUUUCUGUUUAGCAUUAAGACCACUGUUUGUAGCACUUAGGAAAAUUGUAGGAAAAUUACAGAACUGACAGUCAGGUUGCAAUUAUUUCUCAGCAGCAUAUAAUUGUUACUUGUUUGGUGAAUAUAGUAACUGAUGGCCCUGUUUUUUCUGUUCUAAUUUGAGAAGUAUUUUACAUAUAGUAAUGUUGCAAGAGAGGUGAGUAUUUAAGCUCUCUAUUAAGUUAAAGGUCUUUAUACUGGCCUGUGUAAUAUCUGAAAUUUUAAAGCGCCUUUUUUCUUCUAUUUGAUAAAUUUGAAUUGUGCCAACGAAUUACCAGUUUUACAAACAGGAUGGUACCUUUUCCAGUUGCUGUAAUUAUUUCAACUAACUUUGGAACUUUCAUGGAUUGGAAAUACUACACUUUAUAAUCAACAGCAGGCAACAAAUUUACUCUCAGUCAGGUCUACUGAUAAAGAUUAAGAAAAAGUAAUGCUGUGUAUAUCGUGGCAGAUGUUUAUGGGUCCAUUUGAGUUCUUAUGUUAUGUGGUACAGUGUAUUAUAUGCCAUAUUAAACAUUAUGGACGCCUUCGAGUGGUCAGAGAUCAUGUAUGUUGUGUUGUAUAUCGUAUCAUUUGACUUCCCCUGCCGGCCCCUGGAGGAUGGGCUCCCCCUUUGAGUUUGGUUCCUUCCUUCUAGGGAGUUCUUCCUUGCCACUGUCGCCUCUGGCUUGCUCACUAGGGGCUUUGGGUGGAGAUUCUAUGAAGCGCUUUGAGACAAUGUAAUGUUAUACCAUAGAUGAGUUACAUACAGGAAAUAAUUUACUGUAGUUAUAAAGAUUGCACCCAUAGCUUCCAGGAUAGGCACUGGAACCCCGUGACCCUGAAUAGGACAAGCGGGUAAAGAAAAUGGAUGGGUGGAUGGAUGGAUGGAUGGUCUUAAACAUGAACUUAAUCUGAAUUAUAUGUAUUUAUAGCUGCCUCUGAAACUUGGAUUGAAAAGUAACUUAAGAUUGAUAAAUCAAUUAAAAGACACAACAACACAAAACUGUACAGAAUACGCUUUUAAUAUGUCAGUUUAAUGUCAGAGUACACCAAUAUAAUAUUUACUGUUUUGUAAUGUUACUUUUCAGAUUUGAAUUACUGAUUCUCUGGCACGCUAUUUUAUUAAAAUGUCUGCAGUCACUUAUUGUUUGAACAGCAAAAUAUCGGUACAUAAAAAGCAUCACAAAAAGAGAUCAUGCAUACUGCUAGUAACUUUUCCGUUUCAUUUGAUUGUGCCGGCAUUUCGUGACAGAAAUCACACCUUUAAACGGUCUUGUAGUUGUACAGCACCUGCUAACAGGUACAGAGUUGUAGGCCAGCGCACACUCCCUCCCACACAGCUCUGAUAGCCUGUUAGCCUCUUCACACAGAAGUAGUACUGAACAGCCCAGAAGCAGCUUCACGGGCUCAUCUGUGAGCUACAUCAUUAUCUGUGCAGCAGCACAGGUGAAUGUGCAGGGACCGCUGCCAAAUAGUUUUGGUUAGGAGGGAGGGGUGCUCGGUGGUGGGUGUGUACUCUUUUCAUAUAUAACCAUUUGGUGGAACAGUUUGUUUCCCUCUUACGGGUAACUGACACACCUCCGGCAGGAAAAUUGAGCUCUUCUGUCUUUCUCUCUCAUUUUCACAUGCCGCAAAGGAUAAGACUCUGCUUCCUGACAAGAACUGGGGGCGAGGCGAUUUGAAAAACGGCUAUCUACUGAAAGAGUCACUGGUGAGAAAAUGGCCAACAGAGAAGACGACUUAAUUGGGAUCCCAUUCCCCAACCACAGCAGCGAUGUUUUAUGCAGUCUAAACGAACAGCGCCGGGAUGGUCUUCUGUGCGAUGUCGUACUCAUUGUUCGGGACCAGGAGUACCACACACAUCGUUCUGUCUUGGCCGCCUGCAGUCAGUACUUCAAAAAACUCUUCACUGUAGGAAUGGACUGUGAUCAACACAGUGUCUAUGAAAUUGACUUUGUUGCACCUGAAUCGCUUACUGCAAUCCUGGAAUUCGCUUACACCUCCACUCUCACAAUCACCACUUCUAAUGUGAAAGAGAUCUUAAAUGCUGCUCAAAUGCUGGAGAUUCCCUGCAUUAUCCGAGUGUGCCUGGAGAUUAUGGACACGGGAAGGGAAGAUGAGGAGGAAGAUGAAGACGAGGAGGAUGAGGACGAUGUGGAGGAAGAAGGUGAAGAGUCAAAGGAGGAAGAACACGAUGAUAAUGAAGCUGCUGAACAAUCGAUACAAUCUUCUGCAGGUCAAGACCAAGAUUGUUCUCCGAGUACCUCCCAGCAGGAAAUAAUUUCAAACAGACUGAGAACUGAGGUCACAGAGGUUUUCAAUGAGAAACCCAGAAACAAUGAAAAUUUAGAAGGCAGAGCCCUGAAAGAUUUUUCCAUUGAAUCCUUACUACAAGAAGGAUUGUACCCAAAGUUAACAGGUAUAGACAGACGGUCAGCUCUUCCCCCACUCCUUCCAGGGUUAUUCCCACCCAUGUGGCCCGGGGAUUUCCCAAGCUUUCCUCAAAUCCAGAAACCUAACCCUAGCCCCCUCCCAUACUGCCAAGAACUUGAAAGCAGGCCACUGGACCUAGCAGUUAAGAAGGAGGGCAUUAAGGAAGAGCUGAACGAUGAGAUCACCAGUAGCCUUUUUCACAGUGACUUUUUAAAAGACUUUAUGGGCGCAGGUCUUGGUAUGAUACCUGAAUCCCACCUCGGAACUAUUAAGGAUGAGUCAGAUUUUAGGUCAUACUUGAACUUCCUUAGUGCCACUCACCUUGAAAGCUUAUUCCCCCCUUGGCAGCUAGAGGAAGAGAGAAAAAUGAAGACCAAAGCAUCCCAACAGUGUCCAAUCUGUAACAAGGUAAUUCAGGGGGCAGGAAAACUGCCUCGUCACAUGAGGACACACACUGGAGAGAAACCGUACAUGUGCACUAUCUGUGAGGUCAGAUUCACCAGGCAAGACAAAUUGAAGAUCCACAUGCGUAAGCAUACUGGAGAACGGCCAUACAUCUGCCUUCAUUGCAAUUCCAAAUUUGUCCACAACUACGAUCUGAAGAACCACCUACGUAUUCACACAGGGGUACGGCCUUACCAGUGCGAGCACUGCUACAAGAGCUUCACGCGGUCGGACCACCUUCACCGGCACAUAAAGAGGCAGAGCUGCCGCCUUUCUCGACCUCGAAGGGGCCGCAAGCCCGCUGCCUGGCGCUCCCCCAACUUCCUUUAUCCAUCAUCCGCCCAUCAUGAAGAUAAGGGCCUCAGCAUCAACAGCCAACUGCUCUCACUUGGACACGGUGUCUCUGGUCCCAGGUUCUUAGAGAGACAUCACUUGGGGGGCAGCAGCCUGAGCUUUGAGGACUUGGACAACAGUAGGGAGAGUCUUGAUGUCAAAUUAGACAGAAACCAUGGUGAUGAGAUGGAGAGGAAGAAAGGUGUGUUUACAUUUGCCCUGACCCACGACGAUAUUCUCUCCCAUCAACCAUUCUACUCUGCCGCAGCUGACCCCUGGGCAAUGAGGCUAAACCACAUUACUCCCAUCCCAGAGGGGACCAAGUAAAUCCUUCCAAAUUAACAAAACAAGCCUCAAGAGCUACUCAUAUCUUACUGCAAUGAUCCUACUCAUAGAACAGAAAUUUAUAUUUAAGGUAAACACGUUUUGAUAUUCUGAAAUCUCAUAAAUUCCUACAUAUUAGGGCUCAUAGAAUUUUCUGUUAUCUCAGUUCAUGUCGUACACUGCUGUAAUAAUAAUAGUACUUAAAAAGACACACUAAAACUAAUCAGGAUUCCAUUUUAGGUCUUUAUAAGACUGUACUUUGUCAGUAUGUGUAAUUUGGGGGCAUUUUGUUUUAAGAAGCUGAACAUGGAGUCAUUUAUCACUCUAGUUAACUGAUUUCUGAGGCUGACUUAGAAUAAUCGAUAUUUGUCAUCUGCAGCGUUUAUACUUGAUGGGCUUUGAAAGACAAUCAGUCGUUUUUCAAAUUUCAAAAUGCUAAAGUCAAAAUAAAUUUUACAGCAAUUAAUUAAAUACUUAUUUAUUCCUGAAUAAUUAAGCCUCCUGACUUUAAUAAUGGUAUUAGCAUAUUGAAAGAUGUGAUUAUUUGAUGACUUAAAUAAUCUGACCUUUCAAAAUACAUACAAUGAAAAUCAUACUUUAUACUUAUAUACGUGUAUAUUGAAUUUCAAGGAGGAAAAUUCCUCAGGAAUGCUUAAAUAUAUAUAUAGUACAUUUUGAAAUUUGUCAAAUGACAUGUUUUAAUAUGUAUACAUUUUUACAUGUGUUAAAUUUUAAUUAAAAUUUAAUUGAAACAAAGACAUUCAUAUAAAAAAAAGUGCUCAGCUACAGACUGUUUCCUGUGCAUUACCCAGAGUCCACAUUAAUCUUCAAAUUAUGUUAAUUGUUUACAUGCUGUAAAUCCAUAUAUAUAAGACAAAAAUAUUCUGCAGAACACGCUAUGCUUUUCUUGCAAGUCUAAACUUUGAAGAUGUACAUAUGUUUGACAGUAGAUUUGGAAAUUUGGAUUUCAAUUUGGAUAUUAUGUCAAAAUAAUUUUAGCUCAUACAUAUAUGGAAAAAUAACUAUGUGAUCAAUCUGAGUAUACAGAUGUGGUUAGGUGUAACUUUUUUUUGUUUUGCUGUUAUAUUGGAAUGAUGACUGCAGACAUAAUAAAUGGUCUGCCCAUGAAAUAUCAUGACAAUGAUAAAAGAGCUGCUUUUUAACCUCAUGGAGAAUUGCAACUAUUCCCCUUAAUUGUCUUUCAUGUAUUCUAGCAAUAUUUUUUUCAAAACCCUCAUCUGUUGGACGUAAUAUGAAAUAUACUUGUAAUAUAAAAUGUUAUACUGCCCCCUACUGGCCAGCUGAGAUUUAAUAUAUUAGAUACGAUUUAAUAUACUGUAUACUCUAUACUGGGGUAUAGAUAACCUAUAACCUUUCUUAAAUUCAAAUAAAAGUAGAACAGAGCUGGGGACGACUAAUGCAUGUUAGCAUAACUAUUCAGGAACUAAGUGAGGGCUUUGGUAUUUUUCCAUUUGAAAUAUAUCCCCCUGAAUAUUUUUUUGUAUUUUGUGUAAACCAAUUGAUAACAUGGCAUUUCACUGCCCGUGACCCUGACAUGGUAAAGAAUGGACCGAUGGGUAUAUUUUUGUGUCCAAACUGCAUAAUUCUACCUAUUUUAAUGGAUUUGCCCAGUUUACAAAAUAAUUAGAUAUUAUGAAAGCUUAACACAUACAUAAAUCAAACCUAGGUAAGUGUAAAUAUGUACAUAAUGUUUUUGUGUGACGUUUUUGUAAUCUUCCAAAGAUGUGGAUAGCUAGAAAUUGCAUAAACCUGACAGAGCCUUGUUUUAUGUGUUUCUUUAACAAGCUUUAAUUUUUAAAAUUAUUUUGUAUUUAUUAAUUUUGAAGAUGCUGAGCAGAUUGUUCUGAUCAGUAUUAGAAAAAAGUUUAAAAUACAAGUGGUACACCAGUUAUUUUGUAAAUCAAAAGAUAUUCAAAAGGAUAUGAUGGAAUAUUUUCUAGUUAUUUAUAUUUUAAAUUUCUUUCACUCUACUUUAUCUUUAAAAGUUUUCGCUGAAUGACUCAAUCAUUGUACGAAACUCCAUAAUCUAGAAUUCUCUGUGUUCAUUCAGUACAAGUAGGACAAAUUGUAUCUUCCAAAUGAUCUUCAAAAACUCAUUCAAAACUGACAGGAUGCCCUGUACCCUAAUAAAAUUUAUAAUUAGCUGCAAGUUCAAGUGCAAGUCCUACUGUUUCUUUUCACUUUAAAAGCAACCAAUGGUCAUAAAAAGCUUCUGUUUCCACUGAUUUAGCUUGACAGACGCCAAACAGAUGUCUUCUCAGUGCUUAACGUUUUGUAUCUUUUGUAUGUUUUGUACGAGCUAAGAGAAGUGCACGCAAAUUCAUACCUGUAAAUAUGUAUGGAAAUGUAGAUCUGAGUGUAUUUGCACUAAUUGCUUUCGAUGUUCAACUUAUAAUAUACUCCUAAAAUGGGAAUAUCUUUCAACAAAUGCAGUGAACUUGCAUAAUGUAUGUAAUUAUUCUUAUAAUUACAUAAUGUAUGAAAUUGAUCUUUCACCUGAAUUUCUCAUGUACAUACCUGUUCCUGAUGGAGUUUUUUUGCCUGUUUUUAAAGCAGUUUAUUAUGAAAAACAACCUGGGUCAAGCUGUUGGUCGACAAAAUAAAACAGUUUUUC